AUGGAACAAAAAGCAAAGCUGAAGGAAAUGUUUAAAACAUUGAUAAAGAAGCGCACAGAUCCACGGGUGAAGAGUCAGAAUGAGUUUCUCAUUCACACAGACAUGAUUGUUAAUACACCAGAGCCUAGCACAGAUCCAAUUCCGAAGAAAAAGCCAUGUGCAAACUGUACAUGUGAGCUGAGAAACCAAGAAAGCACAAAGUCAGCAUGUGGAAAUUGUUAUAAGGGAGAUGCAUUCAGAUGCAGCACAUGUCCAUCACUUGGACUGCCUCCGUACGAGCCAGGUGAUGUUGUUUCAUUCUCAGCAGAGCUAAACGACAUGGAUUAA